AUGUCGGCAAUAGACUAUCCAACGUUACGACCUGCCAGGUCCGCAUCGUCCGGCUACAGUGGAAGUCCUAACACAUUUCCACCUGCCUCUAACCUCUUAUUCCCAUCAGUGAACGCCUGCACUUCUGGUCCCGGGGCAUACCCACCACCACCCGGCACCUACUCGACGAACCAAACGCCUUUCUCUAGUGGUCGUCGACGAGAGAGUACCACGGAUGACGAGUAUGACGGUGAAGAGUUUGAUGACGAUUCUUCAGCUCUGGUAACACCACCGAUGGCGUCCCCUCUAAUAAAACGUAGAGACGGCGAUGAAAGGAGGGAAGCAAGGCUAAGAAAUAAAGAAGAAGGGGAAACCAUACGUUGGGAUGUGAACGGGGCCGGAGAAAUUAAAGUGACACCAACGGAGGGGGAAAUGUUAACAAACGGCGUAGCUUCCCUCUCACUUAAACCAGAAGGGGGAAUGAACGGGACUUUGGUCACGGAUACGGAACCACCCAGUUACCAAGCGCUUCUUGACGCCAAUAGUUUUAGUGACCCGCUCGGUUCGGAGGAGGCAGUAGUGCUGAGCGCGGCCAGCGAGAUUGUCAGCCCCGCCAGUAAUAUAGCUACGCUGGCAUCACCUGUUCUUCAGCGCUCCGACUCUGUCAAAUUCUGCCGGUCAUCGAACGGCAAUGCUCAGCGUGGCGGGCACGGCUCAUCAGUCGCGGGAAUGGCUGGAUCGAAUCCAGCUAGCGGCGUCAACCGUCCAGCUCGCCGGGUUCCCAGUCUUAAGCUUAAACGUCUUCACGUGCUUGGAUCUAGGGGAGGGGGUGGGGGAGGGGGAGCUGGAACAGGUGGAGCUAAGUUGAUACCUGGUGACACAGGUGGCAUCGGAUGUGGCGCAAACAAUACAGGUAACUUGAGCGCGCCAACUGUCGUGUUGAGCGGACAUGUCAAUCCGUCGAUUACUAUAACACUCGACUCUGACUCGGAUUCUGUCUACAGCGACUAUUUGAGCCCGGAGAUUAACUACAAGACACACGAAGGCAAGUUGCAGUUGCUCGGUGACGAAAACAGCUUAUACGGGACUCCGAAGGAGGAGGCUCCCAAUACAGGCGACACACUGGCUGCCGAUGGCAUUCUAAAGGCCUCCAGUACGACCAGUUAUCUGAGAGAGCAAAUCAUGAAUUUCUUCCAACCUUCCGAUAAUAAGCUUGCCAUGAAGCUUUUUGGCAACAGGAGUGCCCUCAUCAAGGAGAAGAUGAGACACAAGCGUGUUGGAAAUUGGGUUAUACAUCCGUGCAGUAACUUCAGGUAA